GUCACUUCUGAUACCAAAUGAUUAACUAGAAGGACAUUUAAUAUAUCAUAAUACAUUUUUUACUUUAAAAUAGAAAGUUUGUAAGGAUGUAUAUGUUCUCAUUAAUCAAAGAGUGUCAUGGGCUUUCAGCAUGUGAACCCUUUUGGCCUUUUAGAAAGUUAUAUUUUGUAUUAUUAAUGUUUUAAUUGCGAAAAGAUUUGAAAUUCCCGUUUUUCAUGUAUUUGUCCGUUAGGCGGCGCCAGUGCGCGCAAUAAACAAGAUCAGAUUCUCCAUGGAAACUUGAGGAAAACUUCAAAUUGACGAAGCGAGUAUCAAUGGCAAACGAUUCAAUCAUUAAAGCAUUAAAAACCAAAUCAAAGUCUCUAAAUCUCAGUUCUACGAAAAUUAUAUAUCUCCCGGAAGCGCUUGAGAAACUGACGUGGAUUUUGGUGUUAAAGCUGAAUAAUAAUUUUCUGUCAAGUCUGCCGUCUGAGUUCAUGCGUUUACAGAAGUUGACAGAGCUCAAUUUGGGAAACAAUGUUCUUGAGGAGGUCCCAUCUGUGUUGAAACACCUCUGCUGUCUAAAUAAACUUUAUUUAUAUGGGAACCAAAUCAGCUAUUUGUCAGCAGAGGUGUUGGAGGGUUUACCAAACCUUGUGCUUCUCAAUUUGAAUCACAACAAAAUCAAAGUCAUUCCCUCAGAAAUAAAAAGUCUCUGUCGCCUACAAAGCAUCAGCAUCACAGACAAUCAUUUGGAGCAGAUUCCAGCUGAACUGGGUUUGAUGAAGAGUCUGACUGAGAUUAACUUCACUAAUAAUAAACUGACUCAAAUACCACAACAGUUAUGUGAUUUAUCACAGCUCAGGAGGUUGUAUUUGGCCCGAAACAAGCUCACAGAAAUACCAGAGGGAGUUCUUGGUUGGAAAAACCUGAAGAUCUUAGAUGUUGCAGGAAAUCGUUUAUCUGUGUUUCCAUUUGAUUUUCAGUUUCUCACACUGGAUGAACUGUUCUUUGAAGGAAACAGUUUAGUCCCAUUCUCACUGAUGGAGUCAAUUCAAGAGAAAGAGAUCCUCACAUUAAAGGAACUCUCAGCCAGGCUCAUUCUCCAGGAGAGCACUAAUAUAUUGUCAGCGGUAUACAGAUCUCUGCCAAUGUAUCCAGAGCUGCAGGACAUGCUAUCUCACUGGAGUCAAUGUGCCUUGUGUUCACAACCCUUCCUCACCACCUGGUUGGAGUGUGUGCAGUUCAUCAACACCAGGAAGGGUCCAAGACUUGGUUGCUGGCGUUCGUCUGUGCGGUGUAAAUUGGCCUUGAUUCCCAUUUGAAUCACUUGAUCAAACUGAACUUGUUAACAAAGGUUUGGCAAUGGAACCACACCUCACUUUGUCUCCUUAACCAAUCACGUACUUCCUAAAACUUAUUUAAGGAAGACCAGCCCUCUAGCACUGUUCUUCUCGUUCUUUCGAACCCACCCUCUCUCCCUCUUUUUCCUCGCUUCCCAUUCGCAAUCCUAAUACCCUCUCUUCACUCCUAGGUUGAAUUGGGGGAUUCAACCACUCUACCAAAACAUUACAGUGACGGUACCCCCACUCUGAGUCUCUGGGCAUCAUCAUAGGACGCCCGAUCAACCUACCUACCUGUUCACUGUUUAUACUCUUACUUCCCUUACCCUGCAUUACCCCUUCAUCCCUACAAUAAAAUCUAGCUUAAAGUGUGGGGUGGUCCAUGCUGGUGAACUGGGUCAUAAUUCAAAUUGUGUCAUAAUGUGUUUGUUCUAUUGUCUUUGAACAGCACAUGGGGAUGAAAAGCUCUCAAUCUGUUCCAGUGAGGGUUGUGCUGUGCUCCUAUGACUGCUUCAACAGGGAUGACCACCAAUACUAUGGA